GUUUCCCUUCCCCUCCACCCACCAAUCCACCAUCUUGUUCAUCGUCCGUCUCCCAACUGACCCGCCCCGGCGAUCGUCAAGAUCCAUCCGAGAAAAUCCACUCCAAUUAAAUCUAAUACAGACGAAGCUAGCUAGGAUGGAUCCGGCUCAUGCUUCUAGUGCGGAAAUUUCGCUACGUUCGAUUGUUCCGUCCGGCGUCGACGCCACCGCCGACUCCCCCAUGAGCGUCCUCCUCGCUGGCAAGCCCUUGGUCGCGAAAUCUACCAACGCCACCACCGCCUUCUACCGCAUCAAGGCCACGGAUGACUCUCCCGAGAUGUCCAUUCAGGUCAGCUUGUUCGUCGCCCGCCCACCUCUCGUCUCUCACGUCGUCGUCUGGCCCAAGGGCGGCUAUUUCACCGAUGAGCCCUUCAUCCACUCCACUCACGGCGGGCUCAUCCUCCUUAGCAUGGCCAUGCGCACAAAGACAUGCCCGUUCCCCGAAUACUACAUCUACCAGCCCGGCUGCGGCCACGGCGGCGCCGACGCUCCCUCGCUCGAACUGGUCCCACAAUUCUUGGGCAGCAGCUUGGUCGACGAACCCCGUGUGGUCGGCCUCCUGUCACAUGGCGACCGCGGAGGCUACUAUGUCGCGGUCCUAAGCAAGCUGGGGAAAGGAGAGUUCGAGCUCUACCUCUUCUGCUCCAAGAUGGCAACUUGGACCAUCAAGAAGCCCCUCUUUUUACUGGAGGACGGACGAGAGUUAUUGGAGGACGGAGACGUGGACUUUAUGCCGAACAACAAGGUUAUCACAGUUGGCGGCGGUGUCCUGGCAUUCGUCGACUUGACCAAAGGCAUCCUCAUCGGCGAUGUCCUCGAAGAUAGCCCUGAGUUCUACUACAUCCCGCUGCCAUCUGAGUUCUGCCAACCGUGGACCAAUUACCCCUCGCAAACUCGUGACGUUAGCAUCAACGUGUCCCUUGACGGCACCAUCCGCAUCAAGUUCAUUGAGCUAUUUUGUCCUAUCACCUUGGGGGCUUGGGCUGCUACCACGUGGAUUACUGCCGCUGCAGCUACCAGUCCUUGGCAACGACUUUAUGAGUGGGACGAGCACUGCAGGCUCGAGGCUAGAGAACUUAUCUUGGGUGAUGGUGUUAGCACUGCUGAGCUACUGCCUGAGGGUUUGGAGUUUAACGGUGAAUUAAAUUUUGGGUUUCUCUUCGUUGACAUGCCAAUGCUAAGCUUAGAUGAAGACAACAUUGUCUGCUUCUUGGCCAAGCACCAUUACUUGGGUUGGCAAGUGUGGGUGAUUGCUGUUGACAUGGUGACUAAGAAGCUGCUAGGAGUCCAUCAUCUUCAGAUGGGAAGAUUUCCAAUACUGUUCUACAGCACCAUCUCCAGCCAUCUCAAUAUGAGUGACACAGCUUCAGGUGUGGAGGGAGACCUGGAACAGCUAAAAACGCACCCACAGUCAAAUCCUUCAAAUGAAGCAUCAGCAGCAGCAGCAUCUACUCAUGCUGUUGUCCGCCGUCGGUGAACAGGGGCAUUUUCUCAUGAUCGGGAUGAUAAGGAGCUGGAACAUGUGUAAAGCUAUGUCUGAUUUAGUAAAUUGAUGAAUGCCUAUGUCGACUUGCAUUGUGUUUGUCAAAGUUUGAUAGUAAGAGUUUUAUUAUCAUAUUGGAGUGCAUCAAUCCAGGAUUGUUGGUUGUAUGGAAGAUAAGCACUGACAUUGUGUUUGUCAAAGUUUGAUGUAUGAAGAGUUUAGUACUUCAUAUUAUUACUG